AGAAUGAUGAGGUACGGAUCAAGUCUGACGAAGCUGGGUGGGGAAGCUGCGAGGCUGGGCGAAGCAAGACGCAGUACGAGCAUUCAGAGGCUCGGAGCGAGCGCCAAGACUCGUGGCACGGGUACAAGUUUGGGGACUGGAAGCAGCAGCUGGCGCGGGCUACUGAGCUGGACGUACGCGUUGGGCGGUUCGAUUGGUCGGAUCUGGUGGCCCUGUACCGCACAGAAGUGGGAGGGGAGGGUAGUUCUGCUGUCGCAGGUGGAGGAGGAGGGGGAGGUGGGGGAGGAGGAGAGGGGUUUUCUGACGCACCUGUGAUGGAAAAGAGCGGUAGUGUGGAGGUGACCGUCAACUCUGGCGGGAUUGUGUACUUUGCACUGUUCCAACAGAAGAUGCUCGAUGCUGGACCCCAACGGGGCGAUUUUGAGCACAAAGAAACAGAGGAGGAAGGCAGGAAUGGGGCGAUUGAGGAAAAGCUGGGGCCGCAAAUUCCGCCUCAAGACACACUCCAAAGCAAAGAUAACAGGGGAGUGGAAAAGGCUGGGAAGGAAUGGUUAGGACGUGAAGGACAAGGGUUAGAACACCAGCCACAACUGGCAGCAGCGUGCAUCAAAUUCGCGGGGUCGCGCAUUGUGGUGCAGUCUGAGCGAUUCGGAGCAGAGCUGGCCAUGCACCUGGGCAUUGCCACGCCGCAGGAGGAGCAGGGGAAUCAGGUAACUCAGCUGCCAGCAGGACAGGAGGUAGAGCACGUGCGUGUGCGGCAGGAGGUAGUGGUGAUUGAUUCGUCCAUCUGCCGCCGCGUGCCGCCCGGGCUGGCAGAGCAGGACAGGGAGGCCAUUCCACGCCUCGUGCAGCUGCUGCUGCAUGACCCCUGCUUUGCUGCCCACACCCUCUUCCACGCCUCCUUUGGUGCUCUGGGUGAGCAGCAGAAGCAGGAUAAGCUGAGCAUUCUGGGCGAGCGGGACAAGCAGGACAAGCUGCAUGUGUUGGGUUCUCUGGGUGAUGAGGUGGGUGCGAGGGAGGCGGUGGAGGAGAUGGGGCGCGUGCAGCGCACGCUGGCAGCGCUGCACUCGCGGCUGGACGACAUGCUCCGCGCCUUCCUCGCGUUUGUCACCUCCGUGCCUGCACUCGAUGGGCCAGGGGAGGGCGGACGAGGCCGGGAGGGCAGGAGAGGUGGGGAGAAUGGGCAGAGCGGGCGAUUGGGAGAGCGUGUGCGAAGUGGGGAGUUUGAGGCGGCUGCUGGAGGCUGGGAGAGUGGGGAGAGUGAGGGCCGGAUGGGAUAUGGUGGAGUCAACAACAAGGGAUGCGAUGGCGGUAAUAGUGGUGGUUUCGGUGGGAUUGGUGACUCCAGCGACAGCAGGAUUGGCGGUGGUGCUGGUUCCGACUUGAAGUGUGGUGGUGACAGCUGUUCUGGGCGGCGAGGACCUGCUACGAGACGAUCCUCGCCGUCUAUCUCGUGCCGCACUGCGCACAUGGCUGCGAGUAGGUUGGACUUUGGAAGUGUUGGUGGGGAGCGGGAGAACGACAGCAAGAGGGAUGGCAGCAGUGGUGCUAGUGGUGAUGAUGGGGUUACAGGCAGUGGUGAUGGCAGUGGUGGCGGCUGUGGCAGCAUUGGAGGUGGUGCUGCCAAAGAGCCAGAGAUUAUAACAGCAGCACAAAGGAUUACAGAUGUUGCUGAGGAGACAUCUGCAGGCCAAGGCACUGGACUGUUUCCUCCGCCUCUCUCCUUCACUUCCACAGCCCCUUCAUCUCAUUUGCCACUUCCUCCUCCUGUCCUAUCUCCUGUUCCUGAAGCGGAAGACCCCAUUUCCCCUGACUCUGUUCCUCCUUCCGCCACCACUGCAAUAGUCAGAAGAACCACGUCAUCACCAUCGCCUUCCACGUCAUCAUCCAUUCCGACAUCAUCAUUCUCCCACGAUGACUCAUCCAUAGCACCUGCUGACGCCAGCAGGACCCUAUAUCUGCCCUCCCUCCGCCCCCUUGCCAAUUCAGCAGCAGAAGAUCCGCUGGAAGAGCCUUUCAAUGCACCUGCCCCAGAUCUACCUUCCCCAGUAACACCCUCCCCCCACACUGCCGGCUCACAUAGUACCGCCCUGUGGUCGCCCCACACCCCCAGGGACUUCGAAUCUUCCCUCAACUCCUCCCCCCAGGCGGCCCCUCUUUCCCCUCGAGCGCCCCCGUCUGCUGAAACCUCUCCCUGUAAGGGGUCACCCUGUAACGGGUCACCUUCUAACGAAUCACCUUCUAAAGCGUCACCCUCAACUCCUCCCUCUAACAGGUUUCCCCGUUGCGAGAGGUUCUUGAGUGCUGUCAACUCCCACCCUUCCUCCUCCUUUCCUCCCUCUCCUAGCGAGGAGUCGUACUCUCAGCAUGUGAUGAGGCGGAUAUCACCUCCCCCAGUCAUGCCUCCCUCUGCUGCUGGGCCUGCCAAAUCCGCAGUCAAAGCCGCUGCCUGGAGGGCGUCUCUGGGUGGUUUACCCUCGCGGCUGAGCAUGAAGAUUCGCGGAGUGAGGAAGUCAGCGCAGGGGGACGAGGAGCUGAGGGAGCAGGUGCAGCGGUGGGACGGGAUGAUGCGGGAGGAGGCGGGGCGGAUAUGCAAGGCGGCUGCAGUGCCGUUUGUGACGGGGUUUAUGGAGGCGAGUGGAGGGGGCGGGGCACACAGCCUCGUUGACGCGUAUGAACUCAAGUCAGCGCAGGGGGACGAGGAGCAGGAGGAGCAGGUGCAGCGGUGGGAUGGCAUGAUGCGGGAGGAGGCGGGGCGGAUUUGCAAGGCGGCUGCAGUGCCGUUUGUGACGGGGUUCAUGGAGGCGAGUGGGGGAGGCGAGGCACACAGCCUGGUGGAUGCAUAUGAGUUGAAGGUGCCGUUUGUGACGGGGUUCAUGGAGGCGAGUGGGGCGGGCGGCAGGGCACACGGUUGUUUUGAAGAGAAUAUUUUCUUUCAUGGGUUCAUGGACGCGAGUGGAGGGGGCGGGGCGCACAGCCUGGUGGACGCUUAUGGGCUCAAGGUGCGCCUACAUCAUCUCUUAGAGCGCUGGGGCCUGGUGCAGGACUCCAUGGCCACUGAACGCUGGGGCCUGGUUCGUCUACACCACCUGCUGGAGCGGUGGGGGCUUGUUCAAGACUCCAUGGCGACCGAACGCCCCUCGCUCGUCCUCCCCCACCUCUACCUUGGCUCCGCCAUUGCUGCCCGCUCCUUCCCCCUGCUGCACCACCUGAGCGUGCGCCACGUCGUCACGCUCUGCCCCACGGACCUGUUAGACCCUGAUGCGGAGCAGUCCCCCCUCUUCAACUACCUCGUUCUGCCGUCUCUAGAACUUGUGUUUCCAAACAUCCCUUCUUGCCCCUCUCGGCAUGUCUCAAAGUGUGCUCCCCACCUCGCCCUCCUCGCCCUCCUCUCCUCGCCCUUUUCCACCAUGCGCGACUCAGACCGGGAGGAUCUGAGCAAGUACAUUGACACAACAAGCAGCUUCCUGGAAGCAGCCAUCAGCAAGGGCGAGGGGGUGCUGGUGCACUGCUACGAGGGCCGCAGCCGAUCCGUGUCGAUCGUGCUCGCUUACCUCAUGACCAAAAGCAGGCCCUCACGAGGUACGUCAGAGGGUGCUGGUACACUGCCAGCCCAGCCCAACCCCACCCCAUGGCCCCACCUUCACUGCUCUUCGGACCGGGAGGACCUGAGCAAGUACAUCGACACAACAAGCAGCUUCCUGGAAGCAGCCAUCAGCAAGGGCGAGGGGGUGCUGGCGCAUGCCCCUGGCGGAGGCAUGGGUGGUGUUGCAGUGCAUGCCCCUGGCGGAGGCAUGGGUGGUGCUACAUACUGCCCACCCCCAUGGCGCCCCCAACACCGCCUUCCUCUGCCAGCUCGUGGCCCUCGACAGACGGCUCUUCCCCCCCCCACCCUCCUGCGCCUUCCUUUCCCAUUUUCCCUCUUCCUUUCCCCUUACCAUCUCUUUUCGCUAACUCUUCUUCCUCUGUGGCCCCCACCCGGCGCCCCUUGCCUCCUCCCCCCGCCCCUCGUUCCCCACUCCCCCCCUGUCCUUUCCCCCCAGGCGCAUGCCCCUGGCGGAGGCAUGGGUGGUGCUGCAUUCCGCCCACCCCCACGCCGCCCCCAACACCGCCUUCCUCCGCCAGCUCGUGGCCCUCGACAGACAGCUCUUCCCCCCUCCCCCUCCUCCAUCUCCGCCUCCUCUUCUCCCUCCUCCCACCGCUGCCCAAACUCCUCCCUGUGA